AGAUCACGUGACUCGUCUGGCAACGAUCUACAUACACAGUAGGCUGGCAGCUGGAAGCUCUGUUUGGAUCCCACGACUCCCCAACCGAGACAAGCAACGCGUUUCUGACCACAAACUGACCAAAAUGCGGGCACACACGCCUCAGGGCGGCGAUCCCCCAGGGAGUGCCAGGAGAAAUUCUAUUACUGGGAACAAUAGUUUCCGAUCCAGCAUCGGGAGCGGCCUCCCUCGUCCACAAACCUCGCUUCGAGAGUCAAGGAUAGGUAGCACGCGUGCGACAAACACCCAACCAUCCUUCAACUUCUUCACCGGCGAGACGCGCAACACCACCACUCAGAUGGCCGCCCCGCCUUCGCGCCACAGCCUCGCCGGCGGUGGCCCGUCACCACCACCCCGCGGCCGCGCCGGCACCGUCGGCACCAACUUCUCACGCGAGAGCAGCAAGGAGAACCACGCGCCCGCCGACGCCGAGGAGUACGAGACCCAGCGGCGACGGAUCGAGGAGCUCAAGGCCGAGCUCGGCACACUGCGCUACACAAUGCGAAACUACGAGCAGGAGAAGGAGAUGACCGCACUAGAGAAGGAGAACGAGCUGCGCGAGGCCCGGCGGCGCGCCGACGACGACUUCAAGAGCAAGCAGGCCGCCGAGGCCGACAAGGCGCGGGCGCUGCGCCAGGCCGAGGCCCUGAGUGCCGAGCUGGAGGCGCUGCGGACGGAGCAGGACGCGCUCAGGAGGACGCUAGACAAGCGGGCCCGGGAUGCAGAGGAGGAGGCGCGCGUGCUGCAGGAGCAGCUGGAGGAUCUCAGCGCUGCCAAGGACGACGCGUCACGCAUGGCCGACAGGGAGGUCAAGGAGCUAAAGGGCCAGCUCGCGUCCGUGCAGAGGACGGUCCAGGAGCUUGAGCAGGACGCCCAGUCUAGAGAGGCGAUGCUGCAGAAGACGCAGGAGCGGUUGACGGAGAGGGACGGGACCGUGGCACAUCUCGAGGCCGAUGUCCUACGGCUGAAGGCGCAGACCGGCGAUGCCGAGACGAUAGCUGUCAUUCGAAGGGAGCUGACGGACCAGGUCACACACAUCCGGACGUUGGAGGCGGCAAAUCGAGAGCAGCUCACGGAGCUGAAACACCUGCGCCAGGUCCACAAGGCUGUGGAGAUUGUCGAAGAGGAAAAGAUGUCGCUGCAGCGGCAGCUGGAGGUUGCCGAAACCGUACAGACAGAACUUGCCGAAGAAAGGCGACAACGGCAGAGACUAGAAGACGAGCGACUCGCAUGGGCUUCCUAUCUGCAGAGCGAGACGGGCGCGGACGGGCCACUCGAGUUCGACUCACCAGAAGCCAUGGCGAGGGCGCUCGUCCAAGAGCGCCUGAACAGCGCGUCCCUUGUCGAGAAGCUCGGCGGGCUGCAGCCCGAGAUCGCGGACCGCGACAACAUCAUCCAGACGCUGGAGCGGGAGAGGGCCAGCCUGAGGGAGCAGAUGGAGAAGUUGAGGACUACGUCGAACUCCGCCGCCGCCGACAAGGCGAGGAUCCGCGUCGACAGACAAAGAGUCCUCGCCAUCAAGGAGGUCGAAUAUCUACGCGCGCAGCUCAAGACAUUCGACACCGAGGACGUAACCCACCAGCCAGAGAGCUUCGACCAGAAGAAGAGCGACCGGAUCCAGGAGCUGGAGGACCUCGUAGACAAAUACAGGGAGGAGGUGCAAAACCUGCACUCGGAGCUCACCUCGAUCGAAUCGUCGUCUACCAGCCCACCUACCGCAGCCACAGCCGGCGGCAAGCGGCCCAGGCCCGACGACGACGACGGCGCGGGGGAGGACCAGCACGAGCAGCUAGGCCAGCUGGCGCGCAAGAACCGCAAACUGCAGGACGAGCUGUCGACCCUCCAGAGGGCGCACUCCCUCCUGCAGAGGGAGCAGUCCGUCGCGGCGGGCCAGCUCGCCGCGGCCCGGGAGCGGGACAAGACUCGCGUCCUCGCGCUGCGGUCGAACCCGACGUCGGACUACGAGGCCGUCAAGGCGGACACGCUGCGGGCCCUGCAGCGCGAGAACGCCGAGCUGCUGGCCCACCUGGAGCAGCUCCAGCAGCAGCACCAACGGUCAUCCUCGUCGUUGUCGUCGUCUAGCCCGUUCGCGACAGUGCCGGCCUCGCAGCUCGAGGCCGCCCGGCGGGAGGUGGAGUCGGCCCGUGCGGAGACGGCGUCGGCGCACAAGUCGGCGCGGCGGCUUAAGGAGGUGUGGGCGUCUAAGAGCGGCGAGUUCAAGGAAGCCAUCUUCAGCACGCUGGGGUGGACGGUGACCUUCAUCCCCAACGGCAAGAUGCGCGUCGAGUCGGUCUACCUGCCCUCGGCCACGGACGAGCACGAAAACAGCAUCGUCUUCGACGGCGAGAGGGGGACCAUGAAGGUGGGCGGCGGGCCCCGCAGCCCCUUUGCCCAGCGCAUCGCCGACAAUAUCAAGUUCUGGGUCCGCGAGAGGGGCUGCGUUCCUUGCUUCUUGGCCGCGCUGACGCUCGAGUUUUACGAGGAGCACACGAGGGCCGCGAGGCCGGUUUGAGGUUGGGGCUAGGGUGUAGAAGGCUGGGUAGGUAGCUGGGGAACUUGGGCUGUUGGAAAGGCCUUUCCCCCAACCUUGGUGUUACAUCCUUGUCGGUUUGGGGGAUAUUAUACUGUACUGUACAUACGCAUAGAACGGCGAGGUGGAACCCCCAUGAAGCAAAAAGUAUCAAUCAAUCCAUGAAUGGAAACAGUGGGUUAAUUAACUCUUG